CCGAGAGACCCCAAUCCCAUGCUGCUCUCCCAGUCUCCAGCCGCUACCCAUCCGCAGCUUCCCACCUCCUCCCGCCGCACGCGCCGCUCCGCACAGCCAUGCCCGCGCGGCGCGGCCGCCGAGUCGCUCCUCCCUCGCGGGCUGCGGCCGGAGUCGCUGCCGCGCCACGUGGCGGUGGUGAUGGACGGGAACUCGCGGUGGGCGCGCGCGCGGGGCAUGCCGCCGGCGUUCGGGCACGAGGCCGGGCGGCGCGCGCUGGUGGAGACGGUGCGGCUCUCCCGCGCCUGGGGCAUCCGCGAGCUCACCGCCUUCGCCUUCUCCCACGAGAACUGGAGCCGCCCCAAGGCGGAGGUUGACUUCCUGAUGGGGCUGUUCGAGCGGGUGAUCCACGACAGCGUCGCCGAGUUCUUGAGGGACGGAAUUCGCCUACGUGUGAUCGGCGACUGCUCGAGGCUGCCGGCGUCUCUGCGGAGGACGGCAAGGGACGCCGAGGAGGCAACGAGGGACAACUUGCAGCUCGACCUGACGCUGGCGAUCAGCUACAGCGGGCGAAGGGACAUAGUGCAAGCCUGCCGGAGCCUCGCCCAGAAGGUGCGCGGCGAGCUGCUCAGGCCGGAGGACAUCGACGAGUCGCUGUUCGCCGGCGAGCUGGAGACGAGCCGCGGCACCGAGCUCCCGUGCCCCGACCUGCUCAUCCGGACCAGCGGCGAGCUGCGGCUGAGCAACUUCUUGCUGUGGCAGUCGGCCUACUCGGAGCUCUUCUUCACCGACACCCUGUGGCCGGACUUCGGGGAGGCUGACUACCUCGAAGCGCUGUGCUCCUUCCAGAGCAGAGACAGGCGGUUUGGCCGGAGGAAUCCGUAGCGCAAGGCCACCAAAACUUGGUGUUUUUAGAAGCUUUAGUGCAUGACUCACUUGAUCAGUAGGUACAUUGGGCAGAUAAGGGCAUUUCUAGCAGAUCUCUUCUGGGUAAACUGUCAAAAGUGCUCCUUAUUCCACUUUACUUUUUUUAGGGAUAUCACUAUUUUGCAGCUAGCAGACCCCCUA